AUGCCCAAGAACAAUCACGACGAUGAUGAUGAUGAUGAUCUGCUUCUAGCGCUUCAAAGUAUGGAACCAUGUGGGAACUGUGGGGCUGAUGGAGCCAAAAUUCCAUGCAUGAGCGGCUGUGGAGAAGUCUUUUACUGUUCACGCGAAUGUAAUAUGCAUCAUGCUUCCGCACAUCGUCUUCGCUGUCGCAAUUUACGAUGUUCCAAGUUUAAUGACUCGGAAUCGGAGUCAGGAUCAGAUGAUUCGGCUGAGUACGAGACAGAUUCAAGUGCUGAGUAUGAGACAGAUUCCGACGAAGACGAGGAAGAAGAAGAAGAAGAAGAAGAGGUCAAGGUAAAAAAGAAAAAGAGCAAGAAGAAGACAAGAACCAGGUCACGUCGAGUCAAUAGCUCCCGGAGUGUCGAGUCUUCAGGCAGUAGACUUUCACGGAAGGUCAGUGUCGAUGCAGACGCUGAGAAACGCAUUGAGGAGAAGAUUAUGCGACGUCUAAAGAAGCAGGAGGAAGCACGUAUUGCACAAGCAAUUGAAAAUCGUAUGCGGGAGGAAAAGGCAAACUGGCGUGACGAUGAGAUGAACCGCAUUAUUAUGGAAAUGCGGGAACGUUUCCAAAGCGAAAUGUCGACGACGACUUUCUGGACUGCCUUUGCCAAGAAGAAUGGAUUGGAAAUGGACUCGCAGGAAAUGUUGACGCUCCAGAAAUCGAUGGAACAUUCGUUUAUUGCGUCUAAUCCACAGUCCGAGGACAAGAUGGCUGUGCCACCUUCGCAGGCAGCUGCUGAGAAUGAUGAGUCUGCCGAGGUUACUGUGAGUCGCACACGCAGCGUGUCGAAAGAGUCGUCGUGGAACAGUGCUUGCGCGGCGUUUGAUGCGUUACGUGUAGUUGUAUGGAAACACAGUUUUUUGCCGCGUCUACGGUUCCGUGCCGAUGACACGACAGGUUUUUGGAAUAUUAUCACGGAGUUGGACGCCGAUGAGUCAUUUGCGCACAUUUGCAUUGGUGAUAAGCUGCUUUCUAUCAACGGACGUGCCAUUGAUGAUGCAGUGCAGACGGAAGAUGACUUGAAUGACAUUUUCGCGGCAUAUGCGUCGCCAAUUAUUAUGAAAUUUGAGGCAGGGGAUCCGUCGCCGAAAAAAUGCAAGAUUCACGACUACACGGUUACGUGGUCGAAUGGACCGCUCGGUGUCACGCUGAAGGAUGACUGUGCUAUGCAAAAGAUCCCGAUUGUUAAUCGUUUAACCAAAAAGUCUGGAUCAGUGGCUUUGAAGCAGAAUAUUGCAAUCGGUGAUGUUCUUGUUGCUAUCAACAAUAUUGACACUAUCCAGCUUGGCUGUUCGCUUUCCAUGUCUAUUCUCAAGAAAGUGCAGUUGCCUGCUAAGCUCCGAUUCCGCGGUGUGGGUGGACCUUCUCAAGAACCGGUGACAAACACGGAAUCCGCCUGUGCGGCGCCACAGCGUAGUAGUGCGACAGUUGCAUGCGCACCCAGCUCCCGGAAGCCAGAAAGUGAGAAUGUUUCCGUCAAUGAACGUGUACCAUCGUUGAUGAAUUUCAGCUUGAGCAUGUCGCGACCGAUCAAGUACUCGAUUAAUUGGGGUGAAGGACCUUUGGGUCUUACGAUUAUUCCUGGCCUAAACGAAUGCGAUCUCCCGGUGAUCAAAAAGGUGACUGGUACGGGUAAUUCAGUAGGUAUCGACAAAGCGCAGGUGGGUGACUUCUUGGAAAGCAUGAACGGGAUAGAGACGGCAGCGAUGCAUUUUGAAGAUGUCGUUUCGUACUUGAAGACGACGCCAAAGCCUGUACUGUUGCAAUUCCGUGCGGCCCUGGGUGACGAUGAUGCAAGAGGCCCGUCUUCAUACCGUAGCAAUGGUACCGCACUUUCUGUUCGAAGCGAUAGAAGUAGCUCGGCAAGGUCGCAUUCGGGCUACGAUAAUGCCCCUGUGCACAUGAGCCCUCAGAAUCCAACGCCAAUCCCAACACCUGCUCCAAGUAACCAUGCCGCCGAAAUUGUAAGGCAUGUGUCACGCGAGGCACCUAGUGACGUGUACAAGGUGAUAUGGGGAUCGGGGCCGUUGGGUCUUACGAUCGACGCAAAACCAGAGACGGGUGCAUUAAUUAAGCGCAUUGCUGCUCAGGGCGCAGCUGCUCACCUCUCUCAGGAUUGCGUCGGCGACGACGUUACUCAUAUCAACGACAUGGACCUAUCGCGCGUGGCAUUUCAGGACAUCGUGGCGUAUCUUAAGAAUGCGCCACGCCCGGUGACAAUAUUUUUUAGGCGCAAAUCUGCCCAACGCCAUGGUUUGUACUCAUCAAACGCUAGUGGAAACUUGCCUACGGAGUAUGAUGCUCACACUCGAAGCCACAGUCGAAGAGCAGCUCCAGCUACAACAGGCGAUAACAACGACGCACAGUUUUACAGCAUUGUGUGGCAAGAUGGAACUCCUUUGGGUCUUUCGUUGCGUGGUGCUGAUAGCGAGUGCGAAUAUCCUUACAUUACUCGCGUUACGGGCACAGGAAGUGCGGCGCACUUGCCGCAGUCUGUGCUGAAUGACUGCCUGAUCUCAGUCGAGGGCCGUAGCGUGCAUAUUCGGGACAAAUCGUUUGAAGAGGUCAUGACAAUGCUGAAGGUGAUGCAAAAACCACUUACAUUAAAGUUCCAGGUGCGAAACGUGAGUGUUAAUCAGUACCGUGCCCCGGCACCGAUGCCCAUGCCGAUGCCGGCGCCAGCACAAGCACCAGCACCAGCUCCGCAAUAUUUGCCUCGGGCACCUUCCCCAUUGCCUCCGCCUCAGCCACAGCAGCAACAACCCCCGCCGCGCAAGGUAGUAAAGUCGCAAGAAUCGUACACAUGGCGGCAGAACCGGGCUCCUCCUCCACCUGUACCCGCUCAGCAGCCCUUGGCGCCAUCGUGUAACACGAGCUCGUCACUUCCAGGUGGAAACGGUACGCGCGGAGACAAUAGUAAUAAUCUUAGUAGAAGUUUCAUGGCAAGCAGCGGCAGCAACCGUGGCCUCGGCGCUGCUGUGGCUCAGGGCAACGAAGACAAGUUUAGCAGCAUCCAGGCACCCUUCCUCGUGCAGAACAAACUCUCGACUGGUCGCCGGCAAAAGAUGCUAAAGGGUCUCAAGAAGUAG